ACAGGGAGUCAGUGAAUAUACAGCCAGUUAGUGAGCUUUACUAGAUAAUACAGUGCUGUAUAAAGAAAUCAAUUCAUAUUAACCGUUGUCAAUCGAUAAAGUAAACCGCCUGGAAAAGACGCUACAUACAUACUUGUAUGUUAUCAAAUCUUCUGUAUACGCAAAGAUUUCAUUCAUUUCGACAAUACAGAUACAUAUAUCGGGUUAAUAGUCGUCUUUUGCUCCGAUGGAGACUUCCGGAAAUGAAACAAAUUUUAACCCAGAUGAUUGUGGUCUGCCAGACGUAAGAACAACUGACUUAUACAAAAACAAGACAGUGUUUCUAAUAUAUUUUAUUCAGCUAAUUUUCCUCUGCUUCUGUAUUUUGUUCGAGAACACGAUCGUUCUGUUUGCAUUUUAUCGGGUCAAGACUUUGCGUCAAAGGCGCAAUGUGCUGAUUUGUAGCCUAGCUCUGACUGAUUUCUGUACUGGAAUUAUGUUACCGAUCCAAAUACUAGGCCCUCCCAGUGUUGCUGAUGCUGUUAGUUUUUCCAUGUUACUUUUAUCUGUUUUGACUAUUUUAUUGAUAGCGAUAGAGAGAUUUUAUGUUUUAGUUGUGAUGACAAAGCGACUGCAACGAGAUGAAGAAAGAAGGAGCGCGCCGCUUAUUUGUAUUUGUUUUGUACUCUGGGUUGGAACUUUAGCGCUGUUUGUGCCAUGGGCGAUGAAGCCGUACGCGUACAUAUUGAUACUAUACACUGUUGGACCGUUAAGCGUUAUUAUUGUAAUGGUUGCUGUAGUAUGCCUGUAUGUUGCUAUCUUUCACUCUAUGCGUAAAAUGGAUUUGCAAAAGCAAAAAUACAUCGGUAAAAAAGACUUCCAAAGAACAAAGGUGGUCUUGCGCGCGUACGGUAUUAUCGUCUUUACGUUUGUAUUGUGUUGGUUCCCGUGGAGUUUUGAAGCAAUCCGAAUUGGAUGGGAAAUUUACAUCAACGUCGAACCAGACGAACGCCAGUGUUACUACGCUACUACUGUUGCAUGCUUUCUUCUCAACCUGGGACUGCUAAAUUCAGCGUUGAACCCAAUCAUUUAUUGGAAAAAUCUCCCUGACUUCCGCGAAGCCAUCUGUAGUCUUUUCAGUUGUUGCCCCUGUGGGUGUAAAAAAGCUGGGCGAAGCAAUGAAAACGAAUCCUCUACCGGUAUUCAGGAAGAUACGUCAAUGACAGAGAUUCCAAAGACGUAAACUCAACCACUCGAUGCUUACACAUUGUGUGCGAACGAAUCGGAUCUAGGCCAGAUUUCCGAAACUAAGUUUGCGAAUCCAGUUUGCCGAAUCCCUGUUUGCCGAAAUCCAUUUUGCAAAGGAUAAUUUAAAAGCAAACAACAGCAUAAUAUUUUUGAUCGGACACAUUAAUGUUAAAUCGACAUAAAAUUUUGUUCGACUGAUCUUUUGUCCCAUACCAUUUGUCAGUGAUUUACAUUUUUUAUUUAGUGUAUAUAAGAGCGCAGAUUUUUACACUAAAGUUGCUAAAAAUCACCUCAUUUCACAUUCUUUUGUCAUGUUUUGUUGGCUGCCUCUUCCUUUCUUUAUUCUCGAGCACCUCGAACUUUACGGCCUCACUCAUCAGCCCUCUCCAUAUCAAAUACCGUAGAUAGGAACUACGGUACCUUUGUACUUACCCACGAAUGUGAAUAGCGAAUUUGGCAAACUGUUUUAGUAUGUCGGUCGAAAAUUGGUAAACUGGGAUUCGGCAAAGUGGACUCGGCAAUCUGGGAUUCGGCAAACUGGCCUUCUGCAGACGAAUCGUACCUGACAUAAUCCAGGCAUGAGAUAUAAGACUGAUCGAUAAAUAAAAGGAAUACGAUUAUUUAAAAGACAAACAAAUAACAAAAAUUACAAUGUCAGGCCUAUGCCAUGCUCUUUAAUGUGACUCGGUACAGCCAUAGCUUUAUUAUUCGCCAGAUACACCAAAACGAACUGCA